AUGGCCAAAGAAAAAAUUUUUCCUCAAUUUUGUGCAAUUCUAACUAAUUUGGCUUCUUCAAAAAUUGAUUUAAUUCGGUUUGAGGCUGUUAAAUUAAUUUGUACAAUUUUUGAUUUUAAAGGAGAAUUUUGUGGAGAUGAUUUCAACAAAAUUGUUAUUGAUAUUUGUUCUUUGUUAUAUAAUGAUGAACAAAUUAGAAUUUCCAACGAAUGUAAACAUUUAUUUAAUAAAUUACAAUCAGAAAAUGCAAAUUUUGUUGAAACCUGUUUAUCAAAUAAAGUGGUUAAUUUAUUAAAAAGAUUGGAAAAUGAUGUAAUUAAUGCAACUGAUGGAGAAAUUCCGUUACAAAAUUUGUUUAAUGUUUUACAAAUGCUUGGCUCUAAUUCUCUCAACAAUUUAUGUUUUUCUUCUGAUUUUAAAGAAUUAUUAUUAAAUUCAAUAUUGUCUGUUUUGGUUGUAGAUAAACAAAAACAAUUAAUUUGUUUAGUUAAAAAUAAUGGCCUACUUCCUCCUUUAAAAUUUGGAAUUAAUUCAAAAAUUAUUUUUAAUUUUGCUCAACUUUUGGUUGUUUUACCUAAUUUUGAGGAUUUAUUUGAUAUUUUAAUUAAUAAAUUUAUUUCAACAUCAACAACAAACACAACAGAUAUAAAAUUAAAAACUUCAAUUUUAUAUUUAAUUUCAACAUUAAUUUCAACGUUUUCUUCUUCUAAUAAUAAUAAUUUUGAUCAAAAUAAAUUAUCAAAUUUAAUUAAUGAUAUUAUUUCAAUUUUAAAAUUAUUUGAUUCUUUAUUGGAAGAAGAAAUUUUGGAUAGUGAAAUUGUUGAUAAUUUACCUUUAAAUACUGAUGAAUCUUGUUUAGUUGGUCUCAUAUUCAAUUGCCUUUCCUCAAUUAAUUUGGAUAAUAUCGCUGCAAAAAAUCGAGGUGAUUUGCUUUAUGAAACUUUAAAAUAUUGUUCUUCCUCAAAUAUUUGUGUUAAAGAAGCGGCUGAUAAUUGUUUAAAUAAUUUAGUUAAGAAUUCUACCCAAUAUAAAGAUGUUUCUGAAAUGAUUUUUGAAAAUGCCCAUUUGUUAAUGUUUAAAAUUCUGCUUGCCGCACAGGAUUUCCCAACAAAUCCACGCUUUCCAAUGGUUUUAUCUGAAAUGAUUUCAAGAUGUUUUAACCCAAAAAUUUAUUUUAAAUUGAAAGGAGCAUUGGAUGAAUUAUUAUUUUGGUUAGAUUAUUCAAAUCAAAAACAAAUUUUACUUUUAUUAUUCUGUUUAAAAAAUUAUUGUAAAGCUUUGUAUAAUUGGUUUUAUCCUUUAAUACCUUCUCAAACAAUAAUAGUGGAUGAACAACAACCUUCAACUUCUAAAGUAAAUGAAUAUUCUGAUGAUGAAGAGGAAACUGAAGAUAUUCCAAAUAAAAAUGUACUUGAAGAAGAAAAUGAAAAAUAUUUAAAUGAUUUAAAUUAUCCAUUAAUUCAGAAUUUAGUUACAAUUUUAAAAAGAACAAAACACUUCAUUUCAUCCCAAUAUUUACCUGUACAAUUAAAUAUAUUGGAUAUAUUAAAAUAUUCUUUGGAAUUGGUAAAAAAUUAUGAAAAUGAAUUGCUUCCAAUAAUACAUCAAAAUUGGCUUGGAUUAAUUCAAAAAUUCGGGAAUAUGUUGGAAGAAGAGAGUUCCAACUUUCAAACCGUCAUCCAACUAUCAAAUUCUGAAAUGCUUGUUGCAAUUAAAUCUGUUGAAGUAAUUAAAACAAUAACUUUAAUUUCCAAAGAUUUUGUUUAUUGGAAAAUUGUAAAAGAAUAUUUACCGAGAAUUUGUGGUUUAUUAGAAAAUUUAUAUAAACAAACUUUGAAGAGUACAAAAAUUUUGGUUGUAAAAGAAUCUGUAAUUAAACAUUCUGUUGCUUUUAAAUUACAAUUGGCGUUGGUAGAAAGGUUUUUUAUUUUUUAUUAAAUUAAUGGGGAAGUGAUUUUGUGUCAGAAAUGGACCAUUUUGGGUAUUUUGAAAAUUUUGUAGGUUUUAAGGAUUUUCAACUAUUUUUGUUUUCCAUUCCAAUGGGAGAGAUUUUGUGAUGAACAAUUUUUGGAUAUUUUCAAAAAAAUUUUUUUUUUCAAGUUUUAGGGAUUUUUAACAACUUUUGUUUUCCAAAUGCUUUGGAAAGUUUGAAAUUUUUAGUUUUUUUUAAUUUUUUAUUUUGUAGGAGGGGGGUGAAAAGGAUUUUGAGGGUUUUA